AUUGUAUAGUAAUGUUAUAGUUUAGUUAACAAAAAUAAUUAAGUUUAGUUUAACGAGUUCAGUUGUUCUUGCGUCGUUUGUGCGUGUUUUGGCUGUGAUUGUGAGUUUGGUGUUUGUGUUGAUAGCUGAUCCUUGAAGUUGUAGGUUAUUGUAAAGAUAUACUUAAUUUUAUCUUAGGAAUCGUGUAUUUUAAGUAAAGGUAUAGAAAAUAAAUAAUCGGUUUAAGAUUAAAAUACAGCUAUUUGUAAUUCCAGUUUUAACAGAUUCAAAAAUGCUGCGUUGGUGGGAAAAUGAAGAAGAUUAUCGCAUAUUAUCCAAAGACAGAGAGGAUGACGUGAAAGAUCUGAGAGAGAAGCUGCUCCGGGCAGAGUCACUAGCAGGAGAAGGUCCUCUGAAAGAUUGGCGCUUCCAGGUCGCAGCUGAGACGGCUCCCGGAGAAGUAGUUUGUGUUACUGGCGAAAGCUUUUCCCUUGGACGCUGGAAUAGUGACAGAGUUUUUCAGCUAAAAUUGGACGAAGAUGGCUACAAAUGGUCAGGUGUGGCGAAGGUUCCCCUCCACAAGGACAUUGAGUUCCGUUAUUGCGUCUGUGUCGUGGUAGAACCGGAUCACUUGCGACAAGUAGGCCGUCAAAUUAUUGUGCGUAGAUGGGAGACCAAUUCAUACCCCAGGAAAAUACCGGGAACAGAGGAAUCAAAUAUGGACGAAGGAAGUGAAAUCGAUACGUUUGGUUGCUACAACCACUGCGAGAGAGUGGAGAGAGGCUGGCUCACAUCCGAGACAGCUAUACAGUUCAAGCUGUUCAACAAGCCGAUAGAGCUGUGGAAGCCGAAGUUGCGGAACAGACCGGUGUACGUCAAACUGACUCCAGUGCACCUGACGAAAGCAAACUCCAUGCACGAUGUCAACCCUGCACCGCUGGAAGAGACCAUCAGUUUGGAGAACAUGGAUCUGACUGACAGUCAGAACCCUUGGCCGAUCGUUGAAAUAUCUGUGAUGAACGAAGCUGAAAGAGAGUUCCGUCCCCAGGAUCAGUUCGGUAGAGCCAUCGGGGAUAAUGAUUUUAUUAUCUUCCAAGUCCUCAUGCAUAACCCGGAGAUACAUACACCUGGUGUUACUUCAGAUAUCACACACGCUGCAGGAUAUGGCUAUUUAGCGUACCUUUUAGAUUUCUACGUGUACGGGAGCCACGCGACUGACGGAGAGCCGCCGGUCCACAUCGGGUUCAGUUACAUCCUGCCGAGUGUGCUGAAGAGCAGUGAGGGACAGACUGUCUCCCCCAUCACCGGCGUCAAACACAGGCCUAUCGGACAAGUCACAGUGGAGUAUCUAGUUGUGAAGCCGAUAGCCCAGGUCAAGUGCGACAUGCAGACAUCGCGACAGCGGGAGUGGAAGGAGACCUGGCACGGCCUAGAUGUCGGCCACCGAGGAGCUGGGUGCUCGUUCAAGUGUGAAAUUAAACAGUGCGCAGACGUGAGAGAGAAUACGAUUGCUUCACUGAAAACGGCCGCAUCUCACGGAGCCGACUUUGUGGAGUUUGACGUCCAGCUGUCUAAAGACCUUGUGCCGGUCCUUUACCACGACUUUCACGUUUACAUCUCCAUGAAAAAGAAACUGAAUGGGUUGGGAGACUCUGACAUGCUGCAGAUCCCAGUAAAAGAUCUAACUCUCGAGCAACUCCAUUUGCUUAAGAUAUACCAUUUGGAGGAAGGUCGCAACAAGCAUGCUAGAUUCUUCGAUGAAGAUUUGGAAGACCACCAACCAUUUCCCACUCUUCAGCAAGCACUGGAGGUGUUGGACCCUACGGUUGGCUUCAACAUUGAAGUGAAGUGGACUAUGCAACUUAAGGAUGGGACAUACGAGUUAUAUCACCCGUUUGACCUCAACUUGUACCUUGAUGUCAUGCUUGAAGUGGUUCUAAAUUACGCAGGCAAUCGCAACAUCGUCUUCUCUUGCUUCCAUCCUGAUAUAUGUUCCAUGAUCCGCCUGAAGCAGAAUAAGUAUCCUGUGAUGUUCCUGACCCAAGGAGUUACCAGCAAGUACCCGCCGUACCAUGACCAGCGAUGUCAGAGUAUUCCUAUGGCUGUACAUUUUGCUGUCAGUCUCGGCAUACUGGGAAUCAAUGUCCAUACAGAGGACCUGUUAAGGGACUCAUCGCAAGUAGCCUUGGUCAAGGAGGCUGGGCUGGUGUUGUUCUGUUGGGGUGAUGACAACAACGACCUGGUCACCAUCAAACAUCUGAAGCAGCUGGGACUACACGCCAUAAUAUAUGACAAGAUCGACAAGAUCGGUCUGGAAGACAAGAAAGAGAGCAUAUUCCGGCUGGAGGCUAGGGAGACAGAGAAAGUCAUGAUCAGAGCUCUGGCGGAGAAAGCGGAGAAAGAAAAGGGAGAAAGUGAGGAACCAUCAGAAGUGGGAUUUGUUCAGGUGGAGGAUCCUCACUAUCUAGACCUGGACAAGUCGAAGAAAUUGAGAUGUCCCGGCUCCACAUCGUCAUUUGUUACCACCGCCUGGUCGACAACCGAGGCAAACAAGGAGAACGGAAGCCAUGGCACAACCGACAAGCCCAGUUAGCCCAGACUGUGGCUGCUGCUUGUUGUUGAAGAGAUCCACUCUGCACAGUUGUUGAUUAUUAGGGUUUAGUUAGUGGGCAAGGAAUUUCCGUUGUGAUAAUAACUUAUUUUUUGUGGGUUGGUUAAAUGAACUGAGUUACACAAAUUUUAUAUUUUUAGCUCUUAUGAGUUGAAGAUUCAUUAAUUGAAGAAUAAAUACCAAAAAUCCUGUCUUGAAACAAAUAACUUGUACUACUACUUUACUUCUAGUGUUUAGAAUAGUCUGUGAUCUUUACUAAACCGCCUUUACAUUGUCAAAUAUAUUUAUCGUAAGUAUUUUUUGAAAAUAUUUUUUUUAAAUUCGAUUGCUUGUUAAUAGCAAUUACUGUUUGUAGCAAGUUACCCAUUCUUUAUUCUUCCUCAAUAAAACAAAUACUAUGUCUCUUCCAUUGCUAAGAUACUUUAAGAUAACAUUCAAAUUGUUUUGUGUUAGUGGCCUGUGUUCUCUCAGUUGCCAAAGUAGAGAGCAAAAAUACUGUUCCUGUUUGUGAGAUGUUAGUUUUUGCAUAUUUAAAACACUUCUAAUUGAUACUAGCAGAAAUUCUGGUCCACGAACUUGGAAUCAAUUUGUCACAACAUAAAUCAAAACAAGGAAAGCGACUAAUUUUAAACUAGGGCAGUACUAAUAAAUAAACUAAUACUAGUGUUUCAACACUUAACAAAUGGUUACUUAACAAAGUAUACUGUUUCACAGCGAGAUUGGUCUCAACAGCUAGACCAUGUGAAUUUUGCAACCGCAAUCAGAAGGAUCUACAUUUUUGAAUUCAUUGUAUUUUAGUUCUUUGAUAUUUUCCGACACGGUCACAUAACGUAUACUGAGUCCUUCUUCUUCUUCCUUCGGUUGUGAGCAUGCCAUAAGGAUUGCUAGUCAAGGUACCUGGUUUUUGAUUGGCUGAGAAUAUAAUAAUUUACAAAGUACUAUCUGUGAUUGGUAAAUUCAAUAAUUACAUUUUGUACUGUUCUUAUUAAACUGCUGUUAAAAUGAUUUAUUGCAAUUGCCAUAUUUAUUGAUAUUUUUAUAUAAUUUAGUGAAAACGUAUGAUAACUGUAGAUUCGUGCCAUGUGGUGGAUGAAGAGCUGUAUGCCAACAUAAAAUUCUUUGUUUGCUUGAGAAGGUAUUUGACAAAACUCUUUUUACGAUCAAUUUAAACAUGGUAAAUAACAACACUGUAUUGUCAACAAAUUUCAACUUACUCUAACAUCAAGAUGUUUAAAGUCAACAAUCAUAAUAACAGAUAUAUAACAAUUCGAAAGAAUGGCAAUAUAUGGGUGGCCAAGCCAAAUAAGUAAAAUAAAAAUAUAUGUACGAGGGUUGUUCCAAAAGAAAGGUCCGGUUAAGAAAAAGAAUAAAAAAUUAAAUUUUUCCAUAACAAUUGUUUUAUUUACAUUCCUUACAUCUUUCUCUACUUUUCUACAUAAUUUCAAAACUUAUUUAAACAUUAUUACAUCGUUCAGCAAGCUUUUGAAUGCCUAAGUUGUAGAAAUUGGUUGCCUGGAAUAUAACCAGUCUUUAACUGAUUCUUUCUUUUAUCAUCUGUCUCAAAACGCUUGCUUCCAAGAAACUCCUUUAGGUAGUGGAACCAAGUGGUAAUGACUUGGCGAUAAGUCCGGACUGUACAGUGGGUUGUCCAUCUGUUCCCAUUCAAAUUUCUUGAUUAGAGUUUGCGUUUCUUCCGCAGUAUGGGGUCUGGCAUUGUCAUGCAAUAACUACAUUCCAGGUGACAAAAGACCACGUCACUUGUUCUGGAUUGCAUGUCGAUGUUUAGUCAGGGUAGUGCUGUAGGCGGCUUUAUUGAUCAUUGCCCAUCUUUCCAUAAAGUCGACUCGCAAUACACCAUGGCUAUCCCAAAACACGGUCCCAUAACCUUGCGUGUUGGGAUUGUCUGUUGACCUUGACGUGCGAUGACGUGUGACGUCAUUCCAUUGACUGACGUUUAGACUCGGUGGUUAUGGAGAGGGUUUUUGGGACUCAGUAAACAGCCAGAGAACCCAACAGGCACUCAAUUUUCAAAAAUUAAAAUGUUCAGACACAAUUCUGUACAAAUUUGUUCUACUCACAUUUCGGAAAUCCAUUUCUAAAUCUGAAAUAGUGAAUCGUCGAUCUUCACGAAUAUUUUCAUCAACCGCUUUCAUUGACCAAAUAGUCUGAAAUUACUGAUGGUCAGCCAAAGCGUGUUACAUCAUGCACAUUUUCCCAUUCUUCAUUAAAAGCUCGCGCCCACUUGCGCAUUUUACUGACACUCAUUAUGUUAGGACCUUAAACUUAAGUAAUCUGCUGAUGAAUUUCCGCCGCUGAAAUGUUUCUUGCAUACAAAAUCUGUAUUACUGCUAUUACUUCACAAUUGGCAGGCUGAUCAGCUGUAUUAAACAUUGUGAGAUGACACUAUAAACAGCACACAGAAAGAGUAAAAACACUAAUGGCGGCGCUUGACGCGCAAGACAUGCCAGGAGUCAGCGUGUUUGUGUGUUUUGCCCUUGGUGCCAAAUUCGCAUAGUUACUUUGAAUCAGACCUUACUUUUGGAGUAACCCUCGUACAUAAUACAAUAUAAAAUAUUGAUAUAUUAUAAAAAAGUGUAAAAUAAAAUAUAGAAUAACAAGAAGAUAUGACAAGAAUAACAGCUAAGAAAAAUAAAUCAUAAGGAUACAGCUACUAGCUAUAUGAUGGGAUAAUAUUAAUAAAUAAAUAGUAAUAAAUGGAUACAUAACAAGAGCAGAAAAAAGAGAAAAAACCUCAACAACUAACAGAAAGUCAUGACAUUGGCACACAUCAGGGACACACUUCUCAUGGCAGCCAACAUAAGUUUCCUUAUAGUUGGAACAGCAGUGAGGAAGAAGUCGAAACAUACUAAAAUUCAUAGAAGAGUGAACAUUUCUAGGAACAUACAUGUAUGAUAAAAAAGAUAGACUCCUGCAGACUAGUAAUAAGCUCCUUAAGCAAAAUGUCACUCAUGAGCAUGGUAAACCAAAAGCAGGAAAACCAAUUUAAAUGAGCCCGGUUGAGUAAAAAUUGAGUAAAACAUUUUUACUGUAACUUUAAGAACUGUAAUGUGCAGAAAUUCGUAAUUUAUUUUGUUCAGACAAAGUUUAAUGGGAGAAUUUCCCUUUUUUCCUAAAAGUGCCCCACAGCUGUUUGGUUUAUAAUUAUUAUAAGUUAUGCCAUUUCUGAAUCGUCAGAGAAACGAAAUAUUAUUAAUGAAGCAAGUACAGUGUUGUACUUAACUCGUACGUUGUACAUGUAGACUAUCUAGAAAACAUCUGUUGAGCGUGAAAAAAAUUACGUUUAAAUAUUGAAUACAUAAAAUUAAAUAUACAGGAUGGUGUUGAAACGGACUUGGCAUUAAAAAAACAGUAGCUCCCCAAUCUAACAGCUCUCAUUCUUCAUAUUUUCCAAUUCAUUACAAAUUAUACAGUACAGAAGUCUUCAUCAAAAAAUUUUAUAUUUAAAUUUAAAAUAAGAUCCGUCCUUUGCUUCUGAAAGUUGGUAAGCUUAACCAAAACAAUUCUAAACUUUUUACUGUAACAUUCAUCAAUAAGAUAUUAACAUUUUUGUUUAAGUUUAAUCGAUUUUUUUAGUUGUGUUUUUUUUCAAUUAAUACUCUUAUUUGAAAGAUGAGUCACUGUGCCAAAAGUUAGAGUAAAGGUAGGUGCCAAAAUCCAAUGAUUAACAUUUAUUUUUAAUAUAUUUUUGGUUAAAAAUGCAUUAAAUAAAAGAACUGAAAAUAAUAAUAAUCGUUCCUUGUGAUACAUUGUUUGUCUUGAAGUUUAAAUAUUUCCCAAGAUUCAAAGAGAGACGAAAAGAAAAUGUUAACCUCUCUCUUAUAAACAUGCUAAAGUGACAAUAUUUUUUUCAAGUUCAUUAAAAUGAGCUAAAUGCUUGAAAUUUCGUGAUAUAAAAAAACAAACCAUUUUAACCCCCUUAUGGACAUAAUUUACUGAAAGUGUUUGUGGAUGGCAGUUAGUUCUAAUUUUUAACUAUUUUAAUAGAUUUUUCACGCUUUAUGGCUUAGUUGUUACAUGUUUCAGAAGUUAGCGCACUAAUUUGAAUCAAAGUUGUAAAAGAUUUGUAUUGAUAAGUUAAAGAAGUGUUUUAUUUUAAUUAGCUCACAGAAGAUUUUCUUUACUGGGAUUAUUGACGAAUAAUCCCAGUAAAUUAAAAAUAUUCAGUAAUUUUAAGUACACCAACACUUAAAAUUGAAUUACUCAUAUACCUGUUGAUCUUACUAUGGGGUUAGAGGGAUUUAGUUUUACCAUAUUGUGGAUUAUUAUGUAUUUAUUUCAUGAUAUUUAAUAAUUAUAAGAUAGUUUAUAUUAUCAAAGCAUGAAUGUUCUACUAUCAUAUUUAACAAAUAUUGUUUUUGUGGUGUUUUAAUAAUAUUUAGUUAGUUGUUAUUUAUUGGAUUAGGGUUAUUAAUUUAUUACGCAAUAUUUAUUUUUGUGUGAAUAUUUGUUGUUAUGUUAAGUAGUGCUGUGGUAAUGUACUAAGCAAUUUUUAAUAAGUUAUGUAAGAUUAACCCACUGACUUAUUACUUUUUCCCCACUGUGUACACCUGUCCCAGGAAAUCCAGUUUUUUUUCCAGUGAUUUUUGUAUCAAUUUAAUUAAAGCACUAUAAUUCUGUUUCUGCCUAUAUAUUUGAAGGAAACUUUCCAGAAGUUGUGUGGAGUAGUUACAUAAUGUAUUUUUUUAUUAAAUAAACAUGAAUAAUAACUUCGCCCAUUGAAUUUAAAAUCAUUGGAUAGCGUUUUUUACUUGUACUUUUACUGUAGUAACACGAUUCGUGAAUAACACGAUUCCUCCUUCAUCAUCAGUUAAGGAGGAAGAAAGUUCAUUGUUGAACGAUUUCACUACCGCGUAAUCCACCCCACACCACGUUUAUUGUUAACAGAACCUAAAAACACUGCAUUGUCUAUUUGGUUAUCAUGUGUCCAAAAAUUAAGGACAGCCAACUGUUGCACGAAUAUUUAGUUCCGUUCAUAAAGAAAAUCAAUAAUUCUAAGACUCUUCUGACUAGUGCUGCAACCUAAUGGAUAACAAAAAACUGUGUUAGAUCAGCCAAUGAACCGUCGACAGUACCGCACGGUUCGUACUCGUCCAAGUAGGUCAGUGGGUUAACUAUUUAUACGGUUAGUAACCUGUAUUGAAUUAGGGGAGGUAACUAUUAUGUAAAUAAAGGGAAACAUAUUCAAUUACUUUAGUGGCCAACACUCAUCAUACGUGUGUAUAGUUUAUUUGGUAAAUAUAUCUUUUCUGAGGGCUGUUAAAUGUAUUUAAUUUCCUAAUUGGUGAUUUAUUUGGAUUAUAACUGAAGCAAUAAUUGUAUCGUUGUUUUUAUUAAUUAAUAAAGGUAAUACGUUGAUAUUUUUAAUAUGCAAAUUUAUUUGCAAGUUUCAUUAUUGUGAAAGGUUUAAGAUCUUUUGUUUGGUCAGUAUUAGUAUAGUUUUGUUUUUGUGAUCUGUUUAUGAAAGGGAUUUUGAUUAUACACACAAUGUGUUUUGGGUUAGUUUUAUACAUUUUUUAAGGACUGGCUGCUAUGAUUUUAGUUUGUGUGAGUAGUCCAAGAAUGUUGUUGAUUACUCUUUUAAAAGUGUAAAAGGUCAAGAAUCAAAAAGCUUCCAUUAAAAAUAAUCAUGGUUCUGAUUAAUUCUUAAAUAAAGACAAAGUAAUUUUUGUGUGUUACCAUAGUGGUGUAUCCAGAUUUCAGUUUGGUAGGCAUAGACCAUCAUCUCAUCAUAAGGUGGUUAUAUUUACCUCUUUAAAGAAUAUUGUGUAUUAAGUGUUAGUGCAUUUUAACAAUGUUGAUUGAUUAUUUUCGUCUUUGUCCUACGGUUGAAUUUCCAAUCAAUAUUCAACCCAUUGUUACUUUUAUUGAAUACUUAAUUAUUUAAGAUUUAAAAUACAGUACAUGAAAAAUGAA